UGUGAUCCUGCGGUGUGUGCGGCCGUUCCCGCACGCGGCCCAAGGUUGUCAGCACCAGUUCUGCUGCACACACGUGUGUUCCUUGUGGAUCUCAGGAUGUGACAGGAAGAAUGGCUUUCUGGUGGAGCUGUGAUGGUUUUUAUAGGAAAUAGCACAUAAAUUACUCAUUUAACAGAUGUGCCGCACUAGUGCUGGUUAAUAGUUGGACUAAAAGUAGCUAUUCUUCAGAUUCUAGUCGAGUCCUCACCAGCAGUAGGAUCUCUUAUGAAAUAUUUCAGCACUCAGUUAAUGCAGUAUUAUGUGGCACUUUCUUUAUCUUUAACUGUAUUGGCAGAUGCAGUGAAUAACAAGAAUCAAACUGCAGAAAUUAGAUCUUAAUCCGAGAAAAGCGACAUUUUACAAACUGCGUACACGAGGUUUGGGUGUUAAUGCUUUCCUUGUUCCAGAAAAAAAUGGGGGGAAAGCUGCUGGGACUGCCUGUGGACAAGAUGGCUGCCAGCCCUGCCAACAAGAUGGCUGCCCCAAGGCCAGGGCUCCAGGGGGACAAGGGAGCUGUGGGAUCAGACCUCUCCUGCCUCACAGCGGUGUAAGAUUGGAAACAUCUGGGCUGAAUGGACUUUAGCAUCAAAAGAAGUUCUCAACUGUUAACUCAAAAAAUUAACUACAUCAAAAUGAAGCAGGUACCAGAGAUCCUUGGAAAUACCAAUGGGAAACCUCAGAAUUGUGAAGUGAAUCGUGAAUGUUCUGUCUACUUGGGCAAAGCACAACUUUCUGCCACUCUACAGGAAGGUGUCAUGCAAAAAUACAAUGGCCAUGAGACUCUUCCAUUUAUUCCAGCUGAUAAAUUGAAAGAUCUGACCUCUCGGGUGUUUAAUGGCGAAUCCGGGGCCCAAGAUGCCAAGCUGCGCUUUGAACCUCAGGAAAUAAAGGGAGUUGGAACACCCCCCAACACUACUCCUAUCAAGAAUGGCUCUCCAGAAAUAAAGCUGAAAAUCACUAAAACCUACAUGAAUGGAAAGCCUCUUUUCGAAUCCUCCAUUUGUGGAGACAAUGGUGCAGAUGUGUCUCAGUCAGAGGAAAAUGAACAAAAGCCAGCAAACAAGGAGAGGAGAAGCAGAAAAAGAAGCAUAAAAUAUGACUCCUUACUUGAGCAGGGUCUUGUUGAAACAGCUUUAGUAUCAAAGACUUCAAGCACCACUGAAAAGAAGGUUCUUGCUAAGAGAGAUCCAACUCAAAGUACCAUCAAAGAGGAAAAAGUCCAUCUGUUGAAGUACAAUAUAGGAGAUCUAGUGUGGUCAAAAGUGUCUGGUUUCCCGUGGUGGCCAUGUAUGGUUUCUGCUGAUCCUGUUCUCCAUGCCUACACUAAACUAAAAGGACAGAAGAAGAGUUUUCGUCAAUAUCACGUUCAGUUUUUUGGAGAUGCCCCAGAGCGAGCCUGGAUAUUUGAGAAGAGCCUGGUGCCUUUCAAAGAAAAAGACCAGUUUGAACAAUUAUGCCAAGAGAGUGCAAGACAAGCCCUCACUAAAGCAGAGAAAAUAAAGAUGCUGAAGCCCGUGUCAGGGAAGCUGCGGCCACAGUGGGAGAUGGGUGUGAAGCAAGCCAGUGAAGCCGUGGGCAUGACAGUGGAGGAGCGCAGGGCCAAGUUCACCUUCAUCUAUGUCAGGGACAGACCUCAUCUUAAUCCUCGAGUGGCAAAGGAGGUUGGCAUUGCUGUGGAACCCUUGGAGGAGAUGGAUGAGUCAUCCUGCUCAAAUGAAGAAACCACUCCAAAUCUGAAAUCAAUGAAAGAGUCUGGCAUUCCUAGCAAGAGGAGGAGAAGGACAUCAAAACUGUCUGCUGCUGAUGAUAUACAAGAGAGCAGUCAGUUGGAGGAUAAGAAUACUACUCCUCAAAAGUCAUCUGAACAGGCAGAAUCCAAAAGAGGGAUAGGCUCCCCUCUCAAUAGAAAGAAAACUCCAGCGUCUACUCCACGAAGCAGAAAGGGCGAUGCAGUAUCUCAGUUUUUGGUCUUUUGUCAGAAGUACAGAGAUGAGGUGGUUGCUGAACAUCCAGAUGCUUCGAGUGAGGAGAUUGAAGAGCUGCUCGAAUCGCAGUGGAACAUGCUUAGUGAAAAACAGAAAGCUCGCUAUAACACAAAGUUUGCCAUAGUGACCUCUCCCAAAUCUGAAGAAGACUCUGGUUCAUCAUUGAAGAAUAUUGGAGAGGCCAAACGUAAAGUGUUUCAAGACUCACCUAAAAGGAGAUCAAGAUCCAGAAGUAAUUUACAUGGAAAUAAAAGAAACCAAAAAAAGAGGACAAAGGAGCCUACAGAAGAUUUUGAAGUUCAGGAAGCACCUAGGAAAAGACUCAGGAUGGAUAAACAGAAUAAUCGGAAGAAUCACAGAAUCCUUAGGAUUGGAAGGGGCCUCUGGAAAUCAUCCAGUCCAAUCCCCCUGCCAAGACAGGGUCAUCUAGAGCAGGUUACACAGGAAUGUGUCCAGAGGGAGACAAGCAAUGACAAAACAGCAAAAACAAACUCUUCUAAAGUCACAGAAACCUCCUCUUCACAAAAGAACCAGUCAGCAACGAAAAAUCUGUCUGAUGCAUGUAAACCUCUGAAGAAGCGAAAUCGGGCUUCAGCAGCAGAAUCUUCAACUCUUGCUUUUAGCAAGAGUUCAUCUCCUUCAGCUUCCUUAACUGAGAAUGAGAUCUCUGAUGGCCAAGGAGAUGAGCGCUCAGAGUCCCCCUAUGAAAGUGCUGAUGAGACUCAGACUGAAGUGUCUAUAUCAUCCAAAAAAUCUGAGCGAGGAGCAGGAACAAAAAAAGAAUAUGUGUGUCAGCUGUGUGAAAAAACAGGUGAUCUCCUACUGUGUGAAGGACUUUGCUAUCGAGCUUUUCAUGUAAGCUGCCUUGGGCUCUCUGGAAGACCAGCAGGAAAAUUCAUUUGUAGUGAAUGUACAUCAGGUGUGCACACCUGUUUCGUGUGUAAGGAGAGAAAAGCAGAUGUGAAACGCUGUGUUGUGUCUCACUGUGGAAAAUUCUACCACGAAGCUUGUGUGAAAAAAUUUCAUCUCACUGUGUUUGAGAACAGGGGGUUUCGAUGUCCUCUCCACAGCUGCCUCAGUUGUCAUGUUAGUAACCCCUCACAUCCACGAAUUUCAAAAGGGAAGAUGAUGCGCUGCGUGCGCUGUCCUGUCGCGUACCACGCCGGCGACGUCUGCAUCGCCGCGGGAUGCGCCGUCAUCGCCUCCAACAGCAUCGUGUGCACCAACCACUUCACUGCCAUGAAGGGGAAGAGCCACCACGCCCAUGUCAAUGUCAGCUGGUGCUUUGUGUGCUCCAAAGGGGGAAGUUUGCUGUGCUGUGAGUCCUGCCCAGCAGCCUUUCACCCUGACUGCUUGAACAUUGAAAUGCCAGAUGGGAGCUGGUACUGCAAUGACUGCAGGGCGGGCAAGAAGCUCCAUUUCCAGGAUAUUAUUUGGGUUAAACUGGGAAAUUACAGAUGGUGGCCUGCAGAAGUUUGCCAUCCGAAAAACGUUCCCCCAAAUAUCCAGAAAAUGAAGCAUGAAAUCGGAGAAUUUCCUGUGUUUUUCUUUGGUUCUAAGGAUUACUAUUGGACGCACCAAGCACGGGUGUUCCCUUACAUGGAGGGAGACAGAGGGAGUAGAUACCAGGGGAUCAAAGGAAUUGGAAAAGUCUUCAAAAAUGCUUUACAAGAAGCUGAAACUCGAUUUCGAGAAAUAAAACUACAGCGAGAAGCCAAAGAAACCCAGGAGAGUGAACGUAAACCUCCACCAUACAAACACAUUAAGGUGAAUAAACCUUGUGGUAAAGUGCAGAUAUACACUGCUGACAUAUCUGAGAUUCCCAAGUGCAACUGCAAGCCCACGGAUGAGAACCCUUGUGGCUUUGAUUCCGAGUGCCUCAAUCGGAUGCUGAUGUACGAGUGCCACCCACAAGUGUGUCCAGCAGGAGAGCGCUGCCAGAACCAGUGCUUUACAAAACGCCAGUACCCCGAGACAAAGAUCAUCAAAACUGAUGGCAAAGGCUGGGGCCUGGUUGCCAAGAGGGACAUUAAAAAGGGGGAGUUUGUGAAUGAGUAUGUGGGAGAGCUGAUUGAUGAAGAGGAGUGUAUGGCAAGAAUCAAAUAUGCACAUGAAAAUGACAUCACCCACUUCUAUAUGCUUACUAUUGAUAAGGACCGUAUUAUUGAUGCUGGCCCCAAAGGAAACUAUUCUCGGUUUAUGAAUCACAGCUGCCAACCAAAUUGUGAAACUCUAAAGUGGACAGUGAAUGGAGACACUCGUGUCGGGCUCUUUGCUGUGUGUGACAUUCCUGCAGGGACGGAGCUGACUUUUAAUUACAACCUUGACUGUCUGGGCAAUGAAAAAACAGUCUGCAAAUGUGGGGCCCCAAACUGCAGUGGAUUUCUUGGGGACAGACCAAAGAAUUCUUCCACUAAUGCCUCAGAAGAAAAAGGCAAAAAGACCAAAAAGAGAACACGGAGACGCAGAACGAAAAAUGAAGGGAAGAAAGAAUCUGAAGAUGAUUGUUUCCGUUGUGGUGAUGGAGGGCAGCUGGUGUUGUGUGACAGGAAAUCUUGUACUAAAGCUUAUCAUCUCUCUUGCCUUGGCUUGGUGAAACGUCCUUUUGGAAAGUGGGAGUGUCCUUGGCACCACUGUGAUGUUUGUGGCAAACCUUCUGUUUCUUUCUGCCACUUCUGCCCAAACUCUUUCUGCAAGGAGCACCAAGACAGGACAGUACUAAAUUCCAUGUUGAAUGGACAGUUAUGCUGCUCUGAACAUGUUCUCGGGGUGGAUUCUGUUGAAACUCAGAAGACUGAGAAACCCCGCAAAAAACUGAACAAGUUCAAGCCCAGGAGAAAGAGGAACAGAUGGAUGAGAGCUGAAUGCAAAUAGUCAUGGACUGCAGUUUCUACUGCUAACACUAUCUUGUAGAUAAGUUGUGAAUAUGACCAGGGAAGGACACAAUUUUACGUAUAUUCUGUAAAGGUUACAGUGGGGGGGGAAUUUUUUUGUUUUGUUUUUAUGAAUCCACUGAGCCAACCACAGCAGUCUUCUGCUGCUUCUGCACUGAUAACGAACUGCAUAGUUCAGCAAACUUCAGGACAAACCAAACUUAUUACUCAGCAUUACAGUUACACUUGAAUUGUUACGAAUGUAAAAUGUUCCCUCCAAAAUACUUGCAGGUUGGAGGUAGGUUAAAAUCAAACCAGGUAGGCGUAAACAUAGUUUUUUGAGAUAGUAUUUGUCAACCAACAGAUGUUUAAAAUAGUUUAUCCUUGAAAGAAGUUGUUAGUUCUCAAGUCCUUUUGAGUAAGAAAUGGCUUGGUCUGUGGUCCCAAUGAAAUUUGCUUGCCUUGUGUGUUUUUGAGCAAGUGCUUGAAUGCCAGUCAUGACCCAGGUGCAUCUCUCCCUACAACCACACAGACAGCAACUGCUUUGUGCUUUUCAAAAAUGAUUCUUAAGCGAUCAUGAUCAUAAAUAUCCUUCCACCAAGAAGUGUGGUGCAUGGUGGGAAAGGCAGCCCUGUACCAGAGAGGAGGAAUCUGACUUGUGAUUUUUUUUCUAUACUGUUUUUUCCUGUAUUUCAUCCCAGAAAAAUAGAAGUUACUUGAUCUUGCAGAGCUGUACAGGUCUGGACUUAAAGAGAUAUUGGCUUGCAAUCUAGGCCCAAUACUCUAGGAUUUUUGUGUCUUAAUAAAAAAAUUUUCAAAAGCUAUUAUUUGGAAAAAAUUACUUGAUUUUUCUUUUUCUCAAUGGCAGGUAAAAUGCAAAGGCAAACUUUUCUUUGGAAUGCUUGAAGUCUCCAAGCAUUUCAACUUUGUGAUAAUGCAAGAAAUGCCCAACAAGGAGCAAAACCAACCCCAUAAAUGAAACAGAAAGUGAAGCUUGACUGAAGUGCAAAAAUGAAAUUCAAAACAAUUAAGUAAAAGUGAAAUAGAUUUUUGAAGAAGCAUGUAAGAAUUUUAUUGUGAAAUUUAGUCUUACUCUGUUCCUUUGGAUAAAGUUUGUAUAAAACUGGCAACUUGAGAGACUGAAAUUUUUUGUUACAUUUUUAGGAGCUCUGCUCUUGACUGUCCUGUCACCACUGUGUGGUGUCAGCAAAGCUGCAGGUCCUCA